UUGCGCUGAGUUGCACAUUUCAUUUAUUACUAAUAUUUGUAUUUCCUGUUUGUUAACCCAGCUGGCUACCCGCUGUCCCAAAAUAGGCAAAAAACAUAUAAAAAAAUAUUAAAAAAAAAAACAGGGAAAGCCAUGGCUCCAACGUUCUGCCUAAACCGUACACUCUAACGCGCCAUGUGAUUUUAAGCACACGCACGCUAUCAUUCAUGCUGACAUGUUUGCGUGCGUGCGUGUGUGUGUGUGUGUAUGCCCACAGAUUUGUAGUAUUUGCGGGUCAUAAGUUACAGCCCCACUGUGUGGCAAACGCGACUCUUUCGAAGCGCGUGAAAGCGCACGCAUAAAUGAAAUUUUCGGCCUUGCGGGCUGAUGUCCUUUUAUUUAUUUUGUUUUUGUGCUUUUGAUUUCAUUUGCGUUUUUCCACUUGAAUUGUGAGUAGCGUAGACAAUCUAUAAAAACGGACCCAAAUUUUCUAUGACAUUUGCCCUUUUUACGAUUUAUGUCCUAUUUUAAGGUAACGUGCGCUCUUCCCCCCACCAACUCAGUGUUUUUGUGUGCGUGUGCGUGAACCACUUUGGGAAUUAGUAAAAGCAAACUUUCACAAAUACUUGGCCAAUACUUACAUAAAAAGGUGAAAAAAUAAAAGUUAUUUUGAAAAAAGCUAAAAAAUGUUAAAGCGAAAAUAGCAAAAUCCAAAGGAUUAACGGAGCGAAAAAAUUAAGCGCCAAUGCAAAUAGAGCCGAAAGUGAAGUGACAUAAAAAAUCAAGCAAAUUUCGUGAAAGCAUUGGACUAUGAAUAGCAAAAUGAAAGAAUAACAAACCGUAGAACAACAAAUCCUUGGCAGCGAAACGUUAACAGUGUCGCAGGUCCUUCUGCCUCAACUGAACUGCGCCGCAUACAAAUGUCAGAGGGAUUAUGUAAACAAAUGUAAAUUUGUUUUUGCCUUGUUCGGCAUAUUUACACCAACUAGGGUAUUCGCUUGUCCCCAACCAGCUAUACGCGCCGCCAUUCAAGUGUACAGUAUUACAGAAAUACAUACAUACACACACACACACACACACACACACAGACACACACACAUACAAAGUGUUGGCACGGCUUCGUAGUCAGUCGUGCGCUCGGUCUGCAGCCUCCAGGCUCUUCACUCAGCAAAUAUAGUAGUAAAAAGAAAAAAAAAAAAAAAACAGACAAGACAAAAAUAAACAAAAAAAAGUGGAAAGAAAAAAUACUAAACCAAGAAUUUAUUUUAUUAUUUAUCCUUUUUUUCAGUGUAAAAUCCGGCAACUGUGUGUGAUUUUUCGCAGCUCGAAGCUGUUGUGCUUUGUUUAAAAUAAAAAGUAAUCCUCUCUCAUGCAAAUUAAACACAGGUUACAAGCUUAAAGGCUUAUGAGCCGCUUCUGAAAAGAGUUUAAGUGAAAAAGUUGUUGUUAUUAUUAUACAUUUUUGCAAAUUUUGGCAUUAAAAAGCGCACAAGUCGGUAUACAUUUUUCAUGGAUUUGCUAUGAACAACAUGUCGACAUGAUCUCCAGCCAUUGCAAUGCUUAAGAUGUUCACGCAAUUAUGACAAACGUUACAUAAAAAUUUUAAAAUCUACAACUCCCUUAGUCUCCUCCCUAAUUGAAUAUUUCAUACAAAAUAUUAAUUUAUCGCUAAGAAGCAACGAAGGUAUCUAAAAAGUAACGACAAAAGUACCAAGCUUCAAGAUAUAUACAUCUAUUUAUAUAUAGAUAUAGAGAUAUAAAUAUAUAUAAAUAAUCCCUUAUAAGUCUUAAGAAAAAAUUAAUAUAAAUCUACGUGAAAUAUCAACGAUUAUUGAGUUGUGAAUUCCAAGCGUUAAUUGCACCGUCAUCACAAUGGGCAAAAAGAGUUCAAAAUUGAAACAGGAUACCAUCGAUCGUCUGACGACUGAUACAUAUUUUACAGAAAAAGAAAUUCGACAGUGGCACAAAGGAUUCCUGAAAGACUGUCCAAAUGGUUUACUCACAGAGCAAGGUUUUAUUAAAAUCUACAAACAAUUCUUCCCACAAGGAGAUCCCAGUAAAUUUGCUUCUCUGGUGUUUCGAGUUUUCGACGAGAAUAAUGAUGGUUCAAUAGAAUUUGAGGAAUUCAUACGCGCCCUAUCCGUGACAUCGAAGGGAAACUUGGAUGAAAAAUUACAAUGGGCUUUCCGGUUGUAUGAUGUGGACAAUGACGGUUAUAUAACACGCGAGGAAAUGUACAAUAUUGUGGAUGCCAUAUAUCAGAUGGUGGGCCAACAACCGCAAUCCGAGGAUGAGAAUACGCCGCAAAAACGCGUCGAUAAAAUAUUCGAUCAAAUGGAUAAAAAUCAUGAUGGUAAAUUAACAUUAGAAGAAUUUCGUGAGGGUAGUAAAGCUGAUCCACGUAUAGUUCAGGCGUUAAGUUUAGGUGGUGGUUAAGACGGCCAAGCAAACGAAACGAACGAACGAAAAAGCGAACAGUAAACUUUAAUAAAAAUUUAUGAUACUCAAAAAAGUAAGUGUAGGUUGACGGGCGGUAGCGCUGAGGGAUGUUUAUAUAAUACAAGAAUCUUUAAUAAAUAUCCAGCCACAAUAGUCUGGUAUAAAAUUAUAGCAGUUGGGGGUUUUUUAUAACAAAGCAAAGCUGGUUGGAGGGCAAGAAAUUUGGAAUCUGUUGAGUGAGUAAAAGCUAUUUCUUCAAAACCCAAGCUACUUUUAUUCUAUAAAUAUUUUACCAUUCAAAAGAAAAUUAUUUCUUAAUUUCUUGCAUUUCUUGCUCCAAAUUACUUGCAAAUUUUCGAACGAGGUUAUAAAAUGUUUUAUUAUUCCAAAGAAAAAAAUAUAAAAACAAUUACGCAACAGCAAAAUGAGAAAUUAGUAAUUUUUAUCGACAAAUAUAUGAGAUAAUAAUUUUUUUGCAAUUAAAUUUUAAUAGUACUAAGAAAAUAAUUAACAAAAAAAAUAUAUAUAAAUAUAUAAAAAUUACAAGAAAAACAAAAUUAAAAAAAAAAAAAAGUUAUUGUGAAACAAACAAAUGCGUUCAUUAGUAUAUAUACAUACAUUAUACACAUUAAUUGGGCAGCGAAGUAAAAAUUAAUAGAUUAGCAAUACAAAGCGAAUACACCAACUAGUAGGUUAUUAGAAACAAAAGAAAAAAAAAGGAAGAAAAAAAAUCUUACAACUGAUAACAAAACAUUGUUUAUAUGCAAACGAAAGUGUUUAGUGGAAAAAAACUCAUAAAACAAGCCUUCAUUAUAUUUAUAAAAAAUAAAAUAUUAAUACGUAACAAUUAUUAAAAAUAAUAAAAAAUGCAAGUUUUAACAUUAGCAAUUAGCCUUAUUGCAUAUUAGCAUGGCCUUACGGCUUUCACAGUUGAAGAUGGCGAUGAAGAUGACGAAAACAUUACAUAUAGGCGGUAGAAUAAUUAGUGGCAAAUGAAAGGGAAUGAAACGUAGAAAUAUUUACUUAGGCAAGUUGACUAAGUAGAAGUGAUUGUUGAAGGCGUUUGUUCCAGUUUAGCGAAACAAAAUUUAUACAUUUAAUUUUUUUUAUUUUUACAACAUUUUUCAUUAAUUUUUUUUUCCUUAAAUUUUUUUUAUAUGUAAUUUUUUUUUAU